AUGGCCGAGCCUGUGACUCUGGGUCGGUUCUUCGGAGCGUUGGGCAAGACAUGGGCGCUCAUAGGCGCGCUCUAUCUCUUUGACAAGUAUUCACCUCUGGGUUGGUGGACAUUCAAACCUCGCCCUAAGGAGGAGAGGGCCAUGGCUCACUUAUACGAGAGGGGCCCCACGCCUUUCCCAGGGGACGCAGCUGCCGGCGAUCCACACGCAGUGGACCGGUACUUUGAGCGCGGCGGCGUGGCCACCACCGUCGUGCCGGCCCGGUUCCGCCAGUCCUCUUCUGCUGGCAGCGCUGGCUCAGACGUGGAGGGGCGGCGGGCAGCGGAGGAGCAGCGGGUGAAGCGGGAGGCGCUGAGGCUGUGGCUGCGCAUGAGGAGGGAGGCUGAGAGGGAGCUGAAAGCACAGGGUUAUGAUCCGAUGCAGUGA